AUGAUGAGCCAAAUGGUGGCUGAAAGAAAAAUUGUUAGAGAAAAUGGAAUAUCUUGUACAUAUAAUCUUAUUAAUUUCAUUAAUGGAAUGAUAGGUCCUGGUUGCUUCUCAGUAGCCAUGGCUUUCAAACAAGGAGGUCUUUGGACUGCUUUCUUCCUUGUUUUCUUCAUUGGGACAAUCAGUACUUUAGCUAUGCAGAAGGUUGUCAUGUGUUCGCAGUAUCUAUGUAGAAUAACUGAGUAUGAGUAUCUUGACUAUGGUAACAUGGCAGCAGUCGGCUUCAAGAAUAGUUUUCAAAUUUUCUCUAAAUAUCAUAACAUAGCUAAAUAUUUCGUGAAUGGAUGCUUGAUAGCUUUCCAGAUCGGAGUUGCAAGUGUCUCUUAUGUUUUUGUAAUUGAACAUAUACAACAGAUACUUGCUUACUUCAACGUUGGAUCUCAUUUAAGUACUACUGAUUUGUUCUUGCUCUAUACUAUACCUGCUACUCUGAUUAACUUCGUGCGGAACAUACGAACUGUUACUUUCAUCUGCUUGGUUGGAAACGUCUUUAUAUUCCUGAGUAUUGCAAUGAUUCUACAAGAGUUAUUCACUUCUUCAUGGCAAUGGAAAUCUUUACCAGUUUUUACAUCAUUUGAUGGACUUGUCAAUUGUGCUGGAUCUCUAUUGUACUCAUUCGAAGGACAAGCCAUGGUUUUGCCGUUGGAAAAUAAAUUGAGACAUCCGCAAGACAUGAUAGGAUUCACAGGCGUUCUAUCUACAGGAAUGAGCCUUGUUUCCAUUGUCUACACAUACUGUGGGUUCUUCGGAUACAUAACAUAUGGUCAAGAUGUCCAAGGAAGUAUAACAUUAAACUUGCCGGAUACAACUGAAAAUGUAAUUAUAAAGAUCUUGUUGGUCUUUGUCGUUUUCUUCGGAAACGUUCUUCAAAUUUAUGUGAUUGUGGAAAUGAUGUGGCCUACGAUGGAAACAAGUUUGAUUGAAAGGAAAUGCUCGAAGUGGAUUGUGAUGGGUUCUGAGUAUGUUUUCAGGAUCGUUACAGUAUUGGUGCCAAUGUCACUAUCAAUGCUCAUACCCAGGUUGCAGGAUAUAAUUCCAUUUAUAGGAAUAACUGCUGGAAUGUUGUUAUCAUGGAUUAUUCCAUCAGUCAUGAGCACAUGUGUUUUUCUUCCAAAAUUCAUUAAAGAACAAAAACAUUUAUUUUAUAAGAUUGGCUUUGUUUCACAAAAUAUUUUCUUUUUUGUUAUUGGAUGGUUCUUUCUGAUAUCUGGAUUACAAGCCAAUAUAUCGGCUAUCAUCAAUAAUAAAAUUUAA